UUGUUUGUUACUUCUCUUUCAUAAGUACGCGAUAACUUUUUUUCUACCCUUUUAUAUGUAUAUACAACGAAGUGUAAACAUAUUAACGAAAAACAACAAAUUGAAUUUUUUUUUGAUAAUUAAGUAAGUUAGAGGUAAUAAAUGCAGUUUUUAGAGUGAAUGGUCACUCCCUUAGCCAAUAGAAAUGUCUUGGCUGGGAUGUUUACCAUGGUCUGAAGGAAUAAAAAAAAGAGCAUGCAGAUACCUAUUGCAGCGGUACCUAGGUCAGUUCCUAGAGGAAAAACUGACUUUAGAUCAAUUGACAGUGGACCUUUACAAUGGAACUGGUCGUGUUACAAAUGUUAACCUAGAUGUACAAGCUCUUAAUGAGUUGGGAGAGCAACAGCAUUUGCCAUUACAGUUUGUUGAUGGUUUUGUGGCAGAAAUGUCAGUUAGUAUCCCAUGGUCAGCGUUACUAAGUGAUCCAAGUUAUGUUGAAGUAACUGGUCUCAGAUUGACAGUACAACCUAGACAGAGACCAGACACAGGAGCUUCCAUGUUUGAGUCUAUGUGGAGUUCAAUGACUUCUAGUAUGCAACUAGCUCAGGAAUGUUUACAACAAGAUGCCAAUAAUAUAAGCAAUUCUCAGCCAUUGGAAGGAAUUGAAUUAUUUGCUCAAACAAUAGAUUCAAUUUUAUGCAGAGUUAAAAUACGAUUUUUGGAUACUGUAAUACGUUUGGAACAUGUGCCACUUGAUUCUAGUACUGGAGUAGCAAUGGAAAUUUUUAUCCAAAAUUUGGAAUACUCAGACGAAGCUGGAUCAGAUCCAUCUCAUGCCACUUUAGAUCCUAAUCAAUCAUCUAAAGGAUACGUAGUAUCUGCUUUUAGUACAAAGCGUUUUUAUUUAGAAGGUGUUACUUUUCAUACAGAUGAAUUUCCGUCACAAGCAAGAACAUUUUCCAAAAGUGUGAUAACCAUGAGCAGAGGUUCUACUCCAGAGUCUAAAAAUUCAGAUGGACAAUUUUCAUCUGCACAAAUAUCUCCGAUACAAAAUAUGCAAAUACCACCAGAUACAAAUAUAAUUAAUAAUUUAAGUGAAUCAAAUCCCAUUGUUUUUGGAAAAUUGUCUGGACGUCAAGAAAUUCGUUUGAAAUUAAAACAAGGUGAAGGUGUUGCAGGACCUAAAGUAGAGUUUAUGGCCACCCUAGGUUCUUUUACAAUAUUCUUAAGUCCUAGACAACUCCAUCUUUUAAUGGAAUUGAUGCAUGGUCUUGCCUCACCAGAUAUAGAAGAUAUAAGCAAUGUUACUCCAAGAACAACUUGUACAGAAAAACCCAUGGCAAAUAGUGAUUUUAAGAGAGUUGAGCGAGAGCUUUUAAGUCAAGUUAACACUAUUCCAGGAUUUCGUACAAUGGAUUUGCGUCAUGCACAAGGUUGGUCAACCACAUCGCAUGAUGAUUCCGAUAACGAGGACGAAUUUUUGCCGAUGUGCGUACCCGGAAUUAAUUCUAUGAGUAAUUCAAUUUUAAGUAAUAAUGCAAGUAUGGACGGGAGCCUAUUUAGUAGUAGUGUAAGUUCGAAAAAUUCGGCAAUUAAUACUUCGAAGCAGCACAAAUAUAGACAGAGUAUCGAUGCUGAUACCUCAACAGAGACAUCGCAGUUUCAUGUGAGAGUUUCAUCAGUGGCUAUGAUAUUGCUUCACGACAAUAUAUUAACAAUUGGUAUUGAUGCAUAUGGUCCAACUAGAGCCAGUACUGAGAUUAUGAAAACGACUGCGGAUAAUUUUUUUAUGACGCUAGGGAUUUUUGGAAUGGGUGGUUAUGGUAAUAAAGACUUUGAAAAGGCUUCAAAGCUCUUUGCAGAUGCUUGCCAACAUAGUCAUUUACGAUUUUUGGCAGCUCCUUUAGUAGUCGAGGGAAGCGAAAAGACGACUGUUCAAUACUCUACAAUAUCAGGAAAACUAAGUUUAGCUAGCUUAGAAAUUGUUGAAUGUUUAGUUGAUAGUAUGUCCAACAAUCAAGGAUUGAAUAAUGCGACGUUUAUAGAAUUGCUUACUUUUCAAAAAAAAGCCACUACAAAUACAACUUUUUCAAAUAAAACAGAUUUUGAAAUGAUAUUUAAUUAUACGGAAAAAGCUGUUAGACAUGGUCAAAUGAUAAAAUACAGCCAUCCUCGGGCAGAAUUCGAUAUAACGUUAGAACCAUGUCAAGGUGAGUUCGAUAUUACAAUAAUUGAUAGAAUAUCUACAUUUUUAAAUCGACAACCAAUAUGCACAUUUAGUCCAAGUUCAGCCACAGCUAAACAAAAUGUGAAUCAACAGAAGUUAUUUUAUCAAGCUGUUGAAAGCACGUCACUGCCAGAUACUCGAAUUGAUAUUAAAGUGUCGUCCUCUAAUUGUAUAAUAGUCCUCAGGUUCCCCAUACCGGAUCUACGACCCUUGCAUGAUAUGAAUCGUAUUCCCUGGUGGAAGCGUUCAGUACGUCCAGACUACGUGACGUUACAUCUCACGGAUGCAAACCUACAUACAUCGUUGGAUAGUCGGCAACCAAACCUAGCGCGACAUGAGAUCCAAUGCCGUCAAUUCUUGCUCACAUAUACAGAGGCGGAAUCAGAUGUACCCCUACAUAUCGGCAAGGGGUCAGUAGAUGAAUGCCGCUCUGAUGAAUUUCUCCAAAAUGAAGACGAAGGCUUCGGGUGGCCUCGGGUUGUCAUAACGCUCUUUCCACAAAAUCUAGGUGGACCUCUGAUGGAAGAUAGUUCCGAGGGUGAACCAGAAUCAAGCUUGGAUGAGACACUUGAGAAUACUCCAAGACAUCAGCCCUCACCUUUUAGUUCUAAACGGAUCAUUCACGAAUCGGACACGCCACAUGCGAAGCCCUACAAUCAGAAUGAUAAUAAAGAAGACUCUGAACACAGAGAGGGUGAGGAGUUGAUUAUUCCUGGCAAUAGGCAAGAAAUGAUGGAAUUUAUAGAAGAAGGAUCACAAAACUCAAGAAUUCAAUUGGAAAUUGGCUUACCAUGUGCUUCUAUUCAAAUACCUUCAAAGCAUCUAUAUGAAUUAAUAUAUAACAGAUUUAAUACUGAUCUUUUUCUGUGGGAACCAUCUGCGCCACGACCUAAAUACGCAUCAAAUACUGAAACGAAUAUUGGUCUUGACUUUGCAACAACACUAUUACAAGAAUCUGUAUAUCCAAAAUUCAGUAUGUGCAAAAGUGGUAUCCAGUAUGAUUCUGACUCUGACACAGAAGAAGAAGAAGGAAUAUUUCAUUCAACUACAGAUAGACUGACAAAUAAUCAAAGGCAAAAUCAUAUUUUCAAAAAUAACCAAAGUAAGGUAGCUGUAACAUUGACAAUAAGUCAAGGAAUUUUAACCAUGUACACCCCGGUUAGAGAUUCCAUGAGAAAUGUAAUACCUGGCCAACAAGGUGAAAUUAUUAUGCGGUUCGAAGACGCAAUAUUAUUUUCGGUUUCAGAUUAUAAGGGUGAUGAAAAUCUAAGCUAUGUCUGUUUAAUGAUUAAAGAUGUUAAAUUAUACCAUUGUGGCUUAGUAACCAUACCUUCACAGGAUCCUCCCUUAAGAUCAAUUAACAGCAUUAUACCAAAACAUUGUCAACGUUCAAUAUAUAGAAGCGAACCUGGUGCUAAUAUUUCAUUGAAUUUAAUAGAAAAAGAUAUGCUAUCUGUAGCUAUUCGAAUACAAGCUGCUCAUGAGACUCAUAGAAUAAAGACUUUUAGAGUAGCUGCUGGAAUAAGUGAUGCGACUUUGAAACACACAGUAUCAACUUCUCAAACUUCAUGGUUCACACAAUUAACAGAUUGUUUAGAUAUUAUUGAUCAUCCUGUUGCAGGGUAUAUACCGCCUGGAAUUUUAACCGAAUUACAUGUUCAUCUUUGGGAUUGUGCUAUCGAUUAUUGUCCUACAUAUUUGCCGUUGAGGUCGAUGAUAACACUUGGUAGCUUCAGUGUAUUAAGUAAUAUUGCUGCGCAAACAAACACUUCAAAUCUUCGCUUUAUCGCCGAGGACAUGGCACUUUUCAUAUCAGAUAAAAUUGGCAAAGUUGUGGAUUUGAGGCAUGACUAUGUAUGCGUUAUGGAUCUCGGUUUAUUUGAACUAUCAUUGAGGCUCAAUGAAAAAAUGUGUGGAGGCGCACCGAGGAUUGAUUUACGUGCUAGUAAUAAUGUCUUACAUGUGCGCACUUGCUCGGACUCCGGACGGGCGCUUAUGCAACUACUUACAUACUUUGCCAGUGAUGGGGAUAUGACACCAAAUAGUGGCAGUAUGGAAAGCAUUACCGUGCCUAGUUCUGAAGAUGGCGAAAGUUUACUCGGGGACGAGGGUAUUAAUUUCCUAAGUAAGAGUCAGGUCGAAAGAGUGAACAGCUUAAUGGAAGAGGCUAUGGAAGAUACUGUCAAAGUGACUGCGGACAAACUGGACAGAAAGCCGUUAGAGAAAGAGAAUCAAGUUGAGGUGUUCUUUUUUCCCGAUGAGUCAAAUCCAACGACAGUGAAUGAAGUGUUGAGGAGCGUUGGGACAAAUGUCGAGUCUACAGACAACCAUAAAGUAAUCUAUGAUGAUGGUGAUGAGGACUUUUGCAUAUUGGGAGAAGAGGCCGGAGUGGGUAUAAUGCCACGUCACGGUGUUCCAGAGGUGCGAUGGCUCUGCCAAGAGUCCGUGCGCAUAGUCGACAAUCAUUUUGGUAUACCGCUCGGCAAAACUGAUCUUCUUAAAGCCCCCAAGAACUUUCCCCCAGCUAUACUCAGAUAUACCCUUUGUGAAAUGAGCCUUGUCUGGCAUAUAUACGGUGGUAAAGACUUUGGAAAAUCAGAACCAGCAAUUAAAAAGCAUAUAACAAUCAAUGAUAAUUCAUCCAACUGUGUGGGCUACAUUCAAGGAAGGAGUCGCUCAGCCAUUGAAGGUAUUAGCUAUAACAAGAUCUCACCGAAUAAGGUGCGGUUCGGCAGCGUGCCAAGUUCACCCCGAGCACGCGCUCGUAAUUUCGCGAGUGAUUGGCAAGAACUUGGUGGCCCUGGUCGGCGCCAUGACGUACUUAUGGAGCUUCAGUUAAACAAAAUUCGCUUCCAGCAUGAAGUCUACCCGGAGAGCGCACCCGAAGCUUCACGUCAAAUCCUUCUCGUCAGUGAAAUUGAGGUGCGCGAUAGGCUCGCAAGCUCUCACAUAAACAAAUUCCUCUAUCAGUACAGCAGUGAGGCUCAACCACGUCAGUCUCACGCAAACAUGUUUGCAGCCAAGGCUGUACACUUAAGACCCGAUCCCAAGCUGGCAACCCAAGAGUGUUGUCUUAAACUCAGUCUUUUACCGCUUCGACUAAAUAUCGACCAGGAUAGUCUACUAUUCCUUAUAACAUUUUUCACAGAGCUUAGUGGCGUAAUUAAACACAACCACGACAAUAUUACCAAGGUCAACAUUGCCGAGUCGUCUACAGGUUCAAAACAAGGUACACCCACUCAUCAUCCCCCAGUCAUGAGUGUCAAUGACGCUAGCGACCAGUCCAAUACUAAUAACCCUAUGGGUGUGUCACAAAAACCAAUUAUUGAUCAGAAUCUUAUGAUACUCCUGGAGGAUGAACUCAUGAUCAAGGAGAGCAAGUCUAGUAUAAAGAUUGUCAGUGAGAUACAAGAAAACAGCCAUCCAGUAUACUUUAGAAGUGUAAUAUUUACACCUGAAGUAUUGGUACGAUUGGAUUAUCAUGGUAAACGUGUUGAUCUAACUCAUGGACCUCUUGCAGGCCUAUUAAUGGGUUUAGCUCAAUUAAAUUGUUCCGAGUUAAGAUUGAAAAGAUUGACGCAUCGACAUGGUUUACUUGGUUUUGAUAAAUUGAUAUCAUACCUUUUAUCAGAAUGGAUUCAAGAUAUCAAAAAGAACCAACUUCCAGGUCUAUUGGGUGGAGUUGGACCAAUACAUUCUCUCGUACAACUGUUUCAAGGGAUUCGUGAUUUGUUUUGGCUACCGAUUGAACAGUAUCAAAAAGACGGGAGAAUCGUUCGUGGUUUACAGCGCGGUGCCAACAGCUUCACGACCUCCACGGCAAUGGCGGCUCUUGAGCUAACAUCUCGACUCGUGCACGCGAUACAAAGCACUGCCGAAACGGCGUAUGAUAUGGUCAGCCCGGGUCCAAGUGUUAGGCGUAAAAUUAAGGGCCAGAAAGGUCGCAGAAAACGCUACAGUCAGCCUCUUGAUAUUAGGGAAGGCAUGUCUAAUGCCUACAUCCUCGUAAAAGAGGGUCUUGGUGAGACAGCCAAUCAACUAGUACGCGUGGCUAGCGAGGAGCACGAGCAGAAAGGUGUCUCCGGUGCUGUCGGUGGCGUCCUUCGCCAAAUUCCACCGACGGUUGUCAAACCGAUAAUUCUCGCCACCGAAGCUACCAAUAACGUUCUCGGUGGUAUGAGAUAUCAACUGGUGCCGGAUGCUCGACACGAGGCUACUCAAAAAUGGAGGCAAGAGUCGAGCGAUGUAAAUUGAAUGUACAUGCAAUGUACUUCAUAAAGAGGCUGCGAAGUAGUGGUCGAAUUAUAUUUCGGAUAACACCGUGGGGUUGAAACAAUGAAACUGUAAUCGCACAAGUGUUGCGCUCCCUCACGAUUUUA